GAUCUAACAUAAAUUGUCAGCAAACAUGGCGGCUGUUGACUGUCCAGCUCUGUAAACAACAGACAAGUUGGUGUGCUGAUAUGAUCAUGGCUGGACAUAUCUUUUCUGUUACUGCCUAGGAAGAGGUGCUGUGGCCAAUUGUUACCGGGACACAAGGGCACAAGAUGGAGGUCGUUGGGAAUGGAUGGCUGUGGGUCAUCCUUGGCUCUUGCCUUUUCUUUAUCACAUUCGGAGGACUGGCUGUUUUCCUGAGUCUGUAUUUUGUUGCUUUUUGUGCAGGAUGUCUUGUCAUUGUGUUUCAUUUCGGAAAACAAGCAAUGGCUAAUGAAGAAAAGCAUGAUGAUGUUAGUGGAAGAUGUCAUGUCAGUAAAGGUCUUGAAAAGAUAAAAGAGUCGAUGGAACCCACUACAAAAAUAAAAAACUUUGAUAAAAGAAUGACAGGUGCAAGCGUGAUCGAUGAUGUUUUGAAGGAGGUUCUGGAGUACACGGUGCGCGACUAUAUAAAGACUUGGUACAGGCAGAUCAGUGACCAUGACAAUUUCCUUGUAGACAUUUGGCAAUGUGCACAAAAAGUCGUAAUCAGCUUUUCAAACAGGUCCAAAGAAAUUGACUGGAUGCCUUACUUCACACAACGCUUAGUGGAUGACUUUGCAUCACAUAUCAGAUUGUACCGACGAGCAGCGGACAAAACUGCAAAGUCAAAAAAUGAAGAUAAUGGAGCUGCCCUUGAAAGUGCUUUCUUUGACAUGGAAGUCGAGAUGGAAAACAGCAUGUGCAGAGACUUAGUGUGCCUUGAUCCCAAAGCAGAACGACAAUAUUUACAAGAUUUGAGUGAAGUGUUGUUGUAUUUGUUACUGCCGACUGAAGAUUUCCACAACAAGCCAUUCCGAUACAUAGUUAGAGAGGUUCUAGUCAAUGGAAUUUUCCUACCAACUAUUGACCUUUUGUCUGAUCCAGAUUAUAUUAACCAGUAUAUUGCAUGGUUGUGCUAUGAGACGUCUUUCACCCCUGAGACUUUCCUCACUGUGAUACGGUCCAGUGAUCAUAUGGAGGAGCUGCUGGCAGUAAGGGACAAAGUGGACUCGGACAUUGCUAGGUGGCGCUCCAAAGACACUGGGGGCAGUGACGACACGACUGUCAAGCAAAAUUUGAAUAGCUUGAUGUUCCUGCGUGAUACCUGUGAUUUAAGAAUACGUCGAUUGCAGGAUGGACCUGUCACAGAACAGAUUAUUGACGAACCUGAUUUUUUGAAGUACCAAAGCUUGUAUGUACUCUCAUUAGAUGACAUCUUCAAUAACAACAUUGCUCUUCAAAGCUUUAUUGAGUAUUUGAAGAGCAGAGGUGGAGAACAAUAUUUGUUUUUCUACUUGAAUGUAGAGGGCUUCCGUGCAGCUGCUGAGCAGCAAAUUUCUGAAAUGCAGAAACAGACUCAAGACUCGGAGACUGCUGUGGAGCCAGAUCUUGAGUCCCUGAGGAAGUUAGCUGUUAUUAUUUAUGAUCAGUAUUUAUCUGAUAAGGCUUCUGUGAAGCUUAAAAUUGAACCUCACAUCAUCAAGUACACAGUGCAACGCUUGAAAAGCAAAAUGAUGUCUGAAGAUGUUUUCGACAGCGUCCAAGCAAGAGUGUACCAGAUCCUUCACUGUCAGUUUUAUGAAGAUUUCCUGCAGUGCCCGGCGUAUGUUCGUCUGCUGGGAGAGCUGGGGCUGCUAGGGGGGCAGUCGGAGGAUGGGGACACUUUCAGCCUAGACGAUGAUGGAAGUGCCCAGACUGGCUCCGAAUGUUCCGUAGGGAGUGAGGAGCAGUCUGAAUCGCCUCAGCCUGUAUCACCUCAACCUGCUGAGGACCUGGUGGAUGUGCAGAACGAGGAGUCUAUUUCGGACACCAUUUCUGUGGGCUCCGCAUCAUCAGCCACCUCCGCAGGCUCUCCGGCUGGGGAUGUCUACCUCUACGCUCAAAUCACUCAGUCAGGUAUUGUGAAGGAGCCAGACAAGAGUGGCAAAAGCUAUGCAGUGUUUGCUGUUACUGUGCGAAAAAAAGAACCAUAUGCUGAGGAGGAAGAGAUGUGGGAUGUGUACAGGAGAUAUAGUGACUUCCAUGAUUUACAUAUGAUUUUAACAGAAAAGUUCCCAGAACUGACCAUUCCUCAACUACCUGGAAAAACAGUACUUAAGAAGACAAAUCAAAGUUUCCUCGAGAAAAGGAGGAAAGACCUUGAUAAAUACCUCAGGAGCCUUAUGAAGCCAGAGCUACUCCAGAAUGUUGCAGGCCUCGAAGAUUUGCUCAAUCAGUUCCUUCACACUGGAAUCUGGGAAAAGCACAAAUCAGAGUUUUCUAGAAAGAUGGACACAAUAGUAAAUCCACUGAAAACAGCUUCUAAGAACGUGGGCAACGCUGUCAAAAGUGUCCCAGAUGGUGUAUCCAAGAUAGGAGAUGGUCUUGGCAAGGUGUUUGCAUCCCAAAGAAGUAUGGAACAGACAAAAGCUAGAGAACUGUUAAAUCAAGGCAAAGUGGGUGCAGGAUUAGACCCUGAGUUGGUGGAGAAUAUCCCCCUGAGGAUCAUGUUGCUGCUGAUGGACGAAGUGUUUGACCUGCGCCACAAGAACCAGUGGCUUCGUCGAAGAAUAGUAGCCAUUUUGAGACAACUCAUUAAGGCCACAUUUGGAGACAAAAUCAACAGGAAAAUUGUAGAACAUGUAGACUUUAUGACGUCCUCUGAGCAGAUGGCAGAAUAUGUAGCAGCUUUCAGAAAUUCCUUUUGGCCAAAUGGAGUCCUAGCAGAAGCAAGGCCACCGAGAGAGGAAGCAACCAAAAUGAGGACAAGAGUUCUGUGUAAAGCAAAGAUGCUUGGCAGUGUUCCAGAUGAAGUUCGGACCCUGAUGGGCACAGAUGCAGUGCGCAAGGGUGUGGCCCGAAUCUUCCAGAUGUUCCAACACAAGAAUCUGAACAAGAGGGUCCUUUAUGUGGUGCUGGAGGGCGUGCUGGCCACGCUGUUCCCAGAGAACAAGUUCCCUGCGUUGUUCCGUAACCUGCACUCCCGGUCAACACGUGCUGAGAAGGUCCGAGAGCAACAACAGGCAGCCGCUGCACAGGAGUCUCAGCUACGAAAGCGCGCGGGAAAACGAUGACCAUAGUUUUACUGUAGCAUCUUGUCUGUUGGUCAACAUAAUGGUGGUCUUACCUUUAAAAGUGCAACUGUGAUGUGAUUAAUUUAAGAGCAUUUCCAAAAAGAUUUGGAAUAUAUAGGUUUAGAUAUGGUCGUUUGUGUGAUAGUUAAGCUGUAAAUGGAUCGAGAUGCAGGGGACGAAGGUUUGGUUAGCACGGGAUUUUUAAAAGUUUCUGCUUCUUUGUUGAUUCUGUUUGGAAAAUCUUUGAAUGUGAUGCAGAACUGAAACAAGUAUAGUGGUAGAGAACUCUCAGAUAACGAUACUAUCCUCUGUCCUCAAAGGUGUUCGUAUCAUGUAGCCUUUUGUUACUUCUUGUUGACUACAGAAGAUCACUGGACCUUGAUGUGUUUUGAUGAUAGAGCUGGUUGACUUUGAUGGUUCUUGGGAUUUAUAGAAACUUAUGGGUUUUAACAAUUUCUUUUAACCUCUCUAUUUUGCAUAGUGUGUGCAUAGGAGUCGAUUUAGAAUCAAAGAACUUUUCCAGAUUUAUUUUUGAUGGUAUAAAUUAGGAUUUGGUUCACAGAUGUCACUUGAACAUCUUCAAAAGGUCAAGCAACCAACUAUGAUUGGUCAUUGUGUGAGAAAAUGGGCUAAUUUUGGUGACAUGGAGCUUGUUGUGUACAAAAAAUGGGAUUCUUAAUUUUUACUGUGUGGUGGCCAGUGUUUCAAAAUCUAAAGUACAAUAUUUGAUUGUUCUUUUCCCACUGUUCAGAUUUUGUGCUUACUGUUACCGGUACAUGAAGUUGGAAUCACUGAUCGCCAAAGCUGAUUUCUAUCGAGUCAUUUUUCUAAAGAAUUGUCACCUGUCAAAAUUUAAUGACUGUGUCUGUUGUCUGCUGUUCCCAUUUUUGAAUGGUCAAUUAAAUGAAUGUCUUUUAAAAGUAUUUAAGUGCAGUGAUAAUGCUCAGUGCCAAGGCAUUAUCCUUUCAUAAUGAUUAGCUUGGAAAAUGAAAAUUUUGUGAAGUUCCCUUGUGUAUUGUCCGGAGCAAAAAUCAGUGACAGCACUAUUUGCUGAAACGAUGCUGGAUGGGUUUUUUCUUUUUUUUUUUUGCACUUUGCAACUUUGAAGCUGGACCACAUUCAAAGAUGUUUAAUGUUGCGCAAAAUGUCUGAUAGUAAAUGGCAUCCAUUACUAGCUAAUGGUUUUCAAACCAAAUUGUUGCUGUCAUUAUUGAUUCAAUGGCUACUGUGUUCUGUUUGAUGUACCAUAGGCAGAGCAUGUCAGUUAUAGGUAGUACAGCCAUGUUAAAAAUAUGAUGACUUUAGACUGUUAGAGGGAAAGAUUUUAGUGUGGCCUGUUCAAAAUCAAAUCAGGAAGAACCGAUAAAUAAAUAAAUAGUCAAAACUCUCCAAGGUCAUCACCCCUUGUCGAGGAGAAAAGUGGUUGUCUUUACUUUUAGACAGGUGAACGUCUUGGACGGUGUCUUCAAAACGCAAGGGGGGGGGGGGGGUCUUUUGUACAGGUGAUUGUCUUGGACAAGUCAAGUGACCAUGAGAGCUGGUUCAACUGUAUGCUGUUUCGAUGCUCACAGGCCUGUUUGUCAAAUUGGAACCGGUAGUCUGUGGUUUAAGAUAAGGUCAUAACCUGAUAAGUGAACGGGUAGAGAUGUCCAAGUCCGUCAAAAGGUUUACCUGUGAAAAUCCAGUUGCAUGGGAAAUUCAAUUUUGGAAACAUAAGCAAUGUGUGAACCAACAUGACCUCAAUUUUUAGAGAAAACAUGAAUGUUUUGUCCAGUUAAUAUUUUGGUGUGUAAGUUAGUGUUAACAGUCACUCUUGGAGGAGUGAGUGGGCAAAAAAGUUGCUAAGUUGCCAGUCAUAUGUCUUAUUGUUUGUAUACUCACGGAUUGGUUAUGUCGUAGGGAGUCUGUUAUGGUUCAAACUUUGAAAAAAAAGGUAUUCCUAUAUAUCUAUCAUCGCACUAAUUGCUUACAACAGGGAUUAAUUGACUAAUCGUCCUUAUUGUUAUUUUCUGGCCGAUACAAAUAUAGCAUUUGUAUAGGAACUUCAUUUGAGAUCCAAAUUAUUCUGAAGAAGUUACGAUAAUACGCUAACCUGACAUCAGCAGCUGAUUACUGCAAAAUAACCCAGUUACGAAGUGCAAUAAGCAAAACCUGAGAAAAUUUGCUACUAGCUUGUAUAUGUGUAUCAUUAUGAUCAUGGCUUUCAUAUGGUUUGGUGGUAAAGGAAGCAUGAUUUGGUUUGUAAGUUGUCUCAUGUUCUUUUACGUUGGUCGUCAGAUGCUGUUUUUGUCUAGUCAACCAUUAUAUUUAUAAUCAUCAGUAUAGAGUAGAGCUCAUAGUAUGUUACCAGUCACCACGUGACUUUUCUUAAAAUAAUACAUAUAUAUAUAUAUUUCGGAUUAGAUUUUGUACAUGAAAGCUGCUUGUAAAUUAUAACAAGAUCACGGGUGUCUUUUUUUAUGGAAAGCGACCUGGUUGUGUUCACGUAAGGGCAAAGUUCAUUUUCUUGUUGAAAAUCCCUUUGUUCAUUUUCCUUGCGAAGGUUGCUUGGAUGUAUUUCGAAAAGUUUUUGUGCUUGUGAUAAUAUAUUUGCCUUGUUCCUUUUGUUAUGCUACUGCUGGUUCAAUUUGUUCCGUUUUAUACUGUUAUUCCCAUAUAUAUAUAUAUGUUAUUUUCUGUGUGAUGCACAAAGGAAGAAAAAAGCAGAGAUAGAAUGGGUUUGCUUUAGAUUGUCUGACAUUCUGAUGAGUGUGAAAGAAGUAUACAUUGUAGACAAUAGGAUGUGUUAGAGAUUAAAACGCUCUUUGGAAAGACAAUCUACAUUUGCCAAAUUCAUAUUUUACAGUAUUGUCAACCUGAAAUGCCUGGUAAUCAUAGCGAACUUGUUAUUGCAUGUUCUUUGAAAGUUAGAAAUGACGAAAAUCAAAAAAGCAAUACUUUUAAGUAUAACACAAGUGCAAUAUGUGUACUUUAUAUGUUAUGCGGGCAAUCACAUAAGUGUUGAUCUUGUUCUUGUAUGGUCUUGUGAAGAUGAGUUUUAAGUACCCUUUCCUGCUGUUGAAAAGAACUUGUUGCUGUUUUGGUCAUAGUCUUAGAAUAAUUAAAGUGCUAAAUAUUUGAUUCCAUAUUCACAAUGGAUGUGUGGAAUUUAGGGCAUUGUAUGGUCUAUCGAUUUGAAACUAAAGUAAAACCUCGGUAUAACGUGCUUGGCUUAAAAAUUACUCUUGACUGUGAAAUUCACUUUCUGAAACCCCGAGUCCCAUUUACUCCGCUCUGAAAGCGAUGUCUAAAAUGUACCUACAUAAAACUUACCUAUUCACUUUAAUCUUUACUUUUCAAGGGGUUGAAGUGAUCAAAAAUGCAUUAACAAUGUACUUUUUAGAUUGUGAGAGAAAAAAAGAGAAAAAUUGCAAACAACAAUAGUUAUCAUACUCAGGAAUUCAACUUUAUCAGCUGCAGUGAGAGGGAGAAUCUUUCCAUAAGGUACUUUUUCCGCCAGUUGACGCUUGCAUUUCCCUCACACACGCACUCCUGCAUAUGUGUAGUCGCGAAUUUCAAAGUUCAACCAAAUUUAAUCUCAAUUAUUAAACCAAAUCUUUCUUGUGUGUCUAAAAUUUGUUAUUUUCACUUUAUCAUCAUCUCUGCCCCCUCCACGUUCAUAAAUUCAUAAUUCAUGUUUGUCCAUGUCAUUUGGAUUUUAAAUAAAGAAAAGCAUCAAAACAAAACAAAAAACACUUUAAAAAAGAACCUUCAAUAGUUCAAAUGAACACUUUUAGACUGUCAAUUGUGAAUAAAUAUUACAUGAACUCAGAAACCUCCCCUGUCCCGGACAUUAUUUUUGGCCAAUAUGUUCAAAGUCUUGGGUCUGCUGAAGGGAGUAUGUUAUACCGAGGUUUGACUGUAAUUUAUAUUCUAUAUAUCUUGCUGGAAUGGAUUGCCAAAAGGAAAUGUUGUUUAUUAGUACUAAUCAAGGAAAAUCAUAGAUUCUUAAGAAGAAAAACAAAACAAAACAAGCACUGAAUUGCCUUUUUAUUUAUGAAUAGAAGCUGUAAAAGAGCAAAUCAUAAUGCUACUGUUUGAUUAAUGUGUCCCGUAUGAAGAACUUCUCUUGUAAUUCAAAGUAGGCUACAAUCUUAUUCUUAACUCCUCUGUUGCCAAGGGGUGUGCAUUCCUCAUGUCAACACUCAUUUUCAGUGAAGCUUGUUUGCCAGUGCAGCAGUCUCAUGUGUCUCCGUGUCAGCCGACUCCCUGUUUGUUUCUGGCCCCGUUCCUGACAUUAUAUUUGGUGGACCCUGGAUCCAGUAGUGUCACUUUCAUCACCUUCCUGAUCCGCGUAUUCUCCAAUAUCCCCAUAUUUCAAACAAUUUGCAAAAAUAUAAGUUAAACAGUGAAAAUUGCUGCCUUUUUUCAUUUUGGUGUUUAAGUUUUUCGA